GCCCACUUACCAACCCACCGCCCUCCUCUCCCACUCCAGCCGGGUGUGUGUUUUGUGGCGAUGGGGGUCAGGCUUUCGUUCAGGCGGGCAGCCUUUGUGCAGAACGGCAUAAGGUGUCCGCAGCUGUACAGGACGCAGCUUUUAAACGCCUGGAUUUUAAGGCGGUAACAAAGGCAGAAAGAAAGAAAGAACGAACGAGCGAAAGGAAGGAAGGAGGGAAAGACGCACAGGCGACAGGACGACUCCCUGGGCCGCGGCCAGAGUCAGCAGCAGUAGGACCAAUAGCAAUAGGAACAAACGGGGAGAUACAACAGUUUAAAGACAUAUUACAGUAACCAGAGGAAAAUCCACUAGAAGUGCAAGUUACAUUCUACUAUUGUUGUUUAAUCCUGAUGCCAAGUGAUGUUAGCUAGCAUAUUAUAAACUUUAAUUCCUUCUAUAACCAAAUCAAUCAGGAUUAAUAGAAAAUUAGAUACAUAAUAUAAUAGUCUUUGGAAAUUGACAUUCUGGAAUUAGAAUCAGACCUCCUCUAAUUGCUGUCUUUGGAAUUUCUUAAGUCUCGUCAGCAGAAUGUGUACAGCAUUUUAGCUGCAUAUUACUUCAGAAAAGAGUUUGCCUGGGGAAUUCUCUUAAGAAGCAGAAGAGAGAGGAAGACAAAAAAGAAGAUUUAGUGAUAGUUGUUGGUUGUUUUGUGAAUACCGAGCAUUUUGUCUUGUUUGUGGUAAAGAGCCAAAAGCAUUAAUAAGGUCAGCUUCUGUGCUGAGAACAUCUUCAUCAGGUCUAUACAUCUGAAACUGAACUUUCCAGCCUAAUGUAUUGUACAUUAUGGGUCAUGUCAAGUUGUUUAAAAAAUGGAUAUUCGGCAUUAUCUUUUUCAUUUUGGUCCUGACUAUUUCUCUAUGGAAGGAAACUCGGAAAGGAACUUACAUCUCCAUAAAAAUAGAAAGCCAAACUGAUCAUCUGCAGCUGUGGAAAUGGAUUAAAAUGAAAUCAGGAAUGGGCCAGAAUAAAAUUCUCAAUGGCACAAGCAAAGUUACUUUGUCUAACAAAAAAUCCCAGGCUAAAUUUAAUAAUACUGAACCUAAGCCCAAGAAAAUCAAAGUCUGGAACCAGAAUAGUUCUUCCCAAAUACUUCACCCUAGACUGCAAAUACAAAGAAAGAAUUACUUAAACAUUAACAAAUUUCAUGUGAAAUACACUGGACCAAAGAAUACUGUUAAACUCAGCCCAGAAAAAGUGUUUUGCCAACUUCGGAAACAACUAGACUUUAGGAUGAUAACUACAUCUGAUGCCCCUUUUAAUACAUCUGAAUGGGAGACAUAUCUGCCUAAGACAAAUAUCAGCAUGGAACUGGGCAAGCUGGGCCGAUGUGCAGUUGUAUCCUCUGCAGGAUCUAUUAAGCACUCGCAUUUGGGAACAGAAAUAGACAGACAUGAUGCAGUCCUGCGGUUUAAUGGGGCCCCUACCAAAGGGUUUCAGGUAGAUGUCGGUGAGAAAACUACAAUACGUCUUGUUAAUUCUCAGCUUAUUACUGUUGAAGAAAAGAGGUUUGUUUCAGAUGUACAAUUCAGCUUUGGAAUCAUCAUUCUGUGGGAUCCAGCACCAUAUCAUGCCAGUAUUUAUGAGUGGUUUCAGAAACCAGACUACCAUUUCUUUGAAAGCUACAAGCAUUAUCGGAAGAGACAUCCCAACCAGCCUUUUUAUAUCCUGAAUCCCUACAUGCAAUGGCAACUCUGGGAUAUCCUUCAGGAGAACUCACCGGAGGACAUUCAGCCAAAUCCACCUUCUUCUGGCAUGCUUGGCAUUGCUCUUAUGAUGCACUUCUGUGAUGAAGUGAAUGUUUAUGAGUUUCUCCCCUCUAAGAGGCAAACAGACAUGUGCCACUAUUACCAGAGUGUCCUUGAUCAAGCAUGCACAAUGGGUGCCUACCACCCACAGCUCUUCGAAAAAAAUAUGGUGAAGCACCUUAAUCAAGGCACAGAUGAAGAUAUUUACAAUUAUGGAAAAGUGACUUUACCAGGCUUAAGGAAAGUACAAUGUUAGGAGUGUGUGUAUCCCAUAUUCUGGCCUUGGAAGCCUGUCUUGAAUCACAAAGCACUUUAAUUUUUAAAAGUAAGAGUUGUAAGGGCCCUUUCAAUAAACCAAUGUGCAUUUCUUCCAUUCAAUUUGCCUUAAUUCAGGAUUGCAACAUGUGCCAGAGACAUAUACAGCAUUCUACAGAAUGCAUUUCUAAUGAGGGCCAAGAAUGUAAUUGCCCAUUAGUUGUUACAGGAAUGCAAUGAAAAAUAUAUUUUAAAAAAAUAGGUUUGUGUCUAAUUUUUGUGACUGAAUUUUUUAAAAAUACACCAUUCUGGCCAGUUACUGCUUCAAAGCUUCUAAAUCAGGCUUGGAAUCUUCUAGAUGAGGCUUCCAUAUUUUAGAAACAAGCCAAUGGUGGAGGGACCAGGAUUUCUGUGCCUUGUUGUCAGAUGUGUCUGUUCUGCACUAUUCAGAAGUCAAUAUAAAAAUAUGAUCCAAGAUGGCAACUGUGUGAGAAGAAUAUAUGAAUUUAGAGAGCCAUUUGUAAGGCCAGGCAUGCCGAUAGACAUAUGAGAACUGGAAAUUCACAAAGUCCACAUUCUGGACAGAAAGUGCUACUGGUUUGAAAAGGAGUAAAAGAUGUUAGAUAGAUGUUAAAAUUGAACAGCUCUCUCUAAAUAGAAGGGAAGGGAUAGACCUUACCUACUGUAUCUCCUGUUUAUAACACAAUCUUUUCACAACUCCAAGAAGAUUUCAAUCCAUUUGCACUCUGAUUUAGGUGAUCCUGAGGGCACAGAUAAACACCCCCAAGGGGCCUCAAUGACUCUCAGAGAGCUAAUGACCUACCUUGAAAGUGCCAACGACCAGAUGACUGUAAAAAAUAUAAAUCCUUCCAUUCCACAGCAUUCAGUCAGAACUGAGGAUGCUUCUUAGAUAAGAAGCUAAAUAUCUUCCAAAAAAAAAGAAAGUCAAGUUGCCUGUUGAAAAAGCACCUUUGGGACAACCAUGACCUGGAUGACUGGGAAUCUCCAUAGACACUGGAAAUGAAAACUAAUAUAUCACUGUUAGAGGAAUGAAUCCCAGCCCUGAGCUCAAGC